UUUCUCAAGAAACAAACACAAUUUCUGUGAAUUAUGAUUCUCUUUGAUUUGGGCAGUAGAACAACCAUGGACCGUAUCCGGCAACGUUUGUUUCGAAAGGCUACCCGUGUGGAAAACAGGGGCCAAGAACUGCUUGUAUUUCGUGUAAUGCAGGGGGGAGUUAAUGGAGAUACAAUCAUGGAGGAAAUAAUUGGAUCUCAUGAACACAUUUACGUUUUUCCCACCACCCUUUUCCGCAAUGACAGCAAAGAAAAUCCUGUUUCUGUGUACGUUCAUCUGGUGGGAACAGGAGUGCAGCAAUCACAGUGGUGGACCCCUAUAGACCCAUCUAUGAUCAAGUACAAUGCCAAGGUUCUUCUUGCAGGGCAUGCUAGCGCUGAAAUUCCAAUUGAUGCUGUACCACGGAAGGGAACCGAAUUCGGAAGGCGCAGAAUUGUUAUUAACGUGAAAAUUGGCCUGAACAAGAUCAUGGAGAAAAUCGUGGGGGCAAACUGAUCAGGUUUAUAUACUUUGGGAACUCUAUUGAUUACUCCUCUGCAAUAUGACAGAUUAAGACAAUUAUGUAGUUGACUGUUAAUGUAUCAUGUAGAUCAUAUCGUGCUUCUAGUACUAUGGUUAUAAGCCUUGUUCUAUGUUUUGCAGGAUCAUGUCAAAUUUUUCAGGAUGGUCCAGAAACAUGCUGCUAGAAUUGUGAAUAUGGGUCUCAUUCCAAUCUAAAUUUGUACCAAACAUCAGACCUGUUUUGCUUAUGUUCCAAACUUCCUGUUGUUAGAAUUGUGAAUAUUGCUUCUGCUCUUUCUAUUGGUUUUUCUGGUUAUAAACAAACAUGAUAUUG